GGUGGAUACAACACGGUCUACGUCGUCCGUUUUACCACGGGCUUCCAAAUCGUGAUCAAGGUCCCAGGAAUGGGCCAGGAGGGGCGAUGGCGGCCAGAAGACGAACGAAACCUUUGCUCGGAGGCACUGACAAUGCGUUACAUCAAGAAACACACGAUGGUUCCAAUACCGGAGGUGUAUCGCUAUUCCGCAACGCUUGGUAAUGAAAUAGGGGCUCCUUAUAUUGUUAUAGAGUUCGUAGAAGGAGUGCCAGCAAAGUCCAUCUGGGGUGAGUCUGACCUUCUUGGUCGAACUGCUCGUGGUCUUGAAAAGUAUGAGCAGCGUCGGCAAAUCCUGUUACAGUCAUUAGCGGAGGGCAUGUCGGAACUGCGCCAUCCUGAGUUUGACAUGGCGGGCCGCCUAGAGUUUGACGACGAUUCAGACACUCCGAAGAUUGGUCCCGUGUUUCUCUCCGACGGCAAGAUUGAUAAGGCAUCAGGUGAGCUUGUGCGAGAGAUUGUUAUUGUCCAAGGGGUAUCCAGAAUCAUACAAGUAGCCUUGGAUUGCAAACCUUUCACGGAAGAUUAUGAGAAGCCUUUCGUCCUUCAUCAUCCAGACUUGCACAGGCUCAACAUUCUGUGCGAUCCCGAGACUUGUAAGGUAAAGGCGAUCAUUGAUUGGGAUUGGGUGCAGACCGUACCCCGCUGCAUCGGCUUCGCCUCUUUUCCUACGUGGCUUCAAGCUGAUUGGAGAAAGGAUGAGAGCGACAUUUCCCCUGCCGUUUUAAAGGCCUAUCGGCAGGACUACACAAGGUACCUGACGAAAGCUAUGGAUGGAGAAGGUGACUGUAGGUACACCGCAAAGAGUGCGAUUUAUGCAGCUCUCGAUGCAGGAACCUUUGGCAAGGAUGGACAUCCUGUGCAUUGGGUUAUGAAGGCCAUGCCGAUGCUAUUAGCUCCCAUGUCCACUGACGAGGCUAUCGUAUGGCUCGAAGAAGGUGAUUGGAGAGAGCACUCGGAGUCCAUUACAUCUCGCCUCGAAACCCUCUUGGAUCCUGAUAGCCUCCUCUUGAAGUAG